AUGGCAUUGUACAGGGAAGAAUUGGCCGAAAUGGCGGGUGCAUUCAUGAUCAUCCUGUUCGGAGCAGGCGCCCAAUGUCAAGCCCAACUUUAUCCCGAGACAGGCAGUUACAUUCAAUGUUUGAUCGGAUGGGCAGCAGGUGUUUCGAUUGGAGCAGCGAUUGCAGGACCAAUUUCGGGCGGUCAUAUCAAUCCUGCAGUAACGGUAACGAUGGCAGUCUUUCGUAAAUUUUCAUGGAAAAAAGUUCCACGUUAUAUUCUUGCUCAAACGAUUGGUUGUAUGUUAGCAACGUUUACCGUUUGUUUCGUUUAUCGUGAUGCUAUCAAAGCUUUUGAACAUGCAAGCAAAGGUAAUUCAAUCAUUGGAAACUUUAUCAGUAUUCCGAACGCAAGCCUUUCAAAUUUGAAUGUUUGGUUUGAUGAAUUCGUAGGAACGGCAAUCUUGGUUGGAAUGAUUGCUUGUCUUUCAGACACAAACGUUCAUGUCGGUUCAAACCUUUCAUUUCAUCUAUUCAUCAUCAUUUCUGCAAUCGCAGUCGCUUUUGGUCCUCAGACCGGUUUCGCAAUCAAUCCAGCGCGUGACUUCGGUCCAAGAAUCGCUCUUUCUCUAAUGGGUUAUGAAGGUGUCUUCUUUCAUGAUGGAGCAUAUUGGAUUUGGGGUAUUUGGUUGGCAAACAUUCCUGGCGGUCUUAUCGGUGCUUUCUUGGCUGACUUUUUCAUCUACACAGGUUUUGACAGUCCACUCUAUACAAUCCUCGGCAGGUCCACUGCACUGCCAGUUUGA